AUGGCGGCGCGGCUCUCCAGCGGCUCCUGGCCCGACGCCUGGUUCAACACGCGAUCCCGGCUGCUGCGGACCAAGCCGGUGGGCGGGAUGGCGGCCGGGCAGGACGACCUGACCGAGCUGGCCCAGGACUCUCCGGUCGGCCUCGCCAAGGUCCUGACCACCUUCGACCUGGUGUCCCUGGGCGUGGGCAGCUGCGUGGGCACCGGCAUGUACGUGGUGGCCGGGCUGGUGGCCAAGGCCACGGCCGGGCCCGGGGUCAUCCUGUCCUUCAUCAUCGCCGCUGUGGCCUCCAUCUUGUCAGGCGUCUGCUACGCCGAGUUCGGCGUCCGCGUGCCGAAGACGACGGGCUCGGCCUACACCUACAGUUACGUGACGGUGGGAGAGUUUGUGGCGUUUCUCAUCGGCUGGAACCUGAUCCUGGAGUACCUGAUCGGCACGGCGGCCGGGGCCUCUGCGCUCAGCAGCAUGUUCGACUCGCUGGCCGACCACAGCGUCAGCGGCUUCACCGGUGCCCACCUGGGCCGGCUGCCGGGCCUGGGCCGCGGUGAGAGCACCGCCCCGGACCUGCUGGCUCUCCUCAUCGCCCUGCUGGUCACCGGGAUCGUGGCCAUGGGCGUCCGCAACUCCGUGGUCUUCAACAACGUCCUCAACGUGGUCAACCUGGUGGUCUGGGUCUUCACCGUCGUCGCCGGCAUGUUCUUCCUCUCCGCCGCCAACUGGGAGGGCGGGCGCUUCCUGCCGUACGGCUGGUCCGGGGUGAUGAAAGGGGCGGCCACCUGCUUCUACGCCUUCAUCGGCUUCGACAUCAUCGCCACCACGGGAGAAGAGGCGCAGAACCCCAACACCUCCAUCCCGUACGCCAUCACCGCCUCGCUGGUCACCUGCCUCACCGCCUAUGUGUCGGUGAGCGUGGUCCUGACCCUGAUGGUGCCGUACCAGCUGAUCGACGGCUCGGCUCCUCUCAUGGAGAUGUUCGCCGUGCACGGCUUCCUGUGGGGGAAGUACGUGGUGGCGGCGGGCUCCAUCUGCGGCCUGACGGUGUCGCUGCUGGGCUCGCUCUUCCCCAUGCCCCGGGUCAUCUACGCCAUGGCGCGCGACGGCCUCCUGUUCAGGUUCCUGUCCCGGGUGUCGGCGCGGACUCGCACGCCCACGCUGGCGUGCGUGGUGUCUGGAGGCUUGGCGGCGCUCCUGGCUCUCCUGGUGAGCCUGCAGGACCUGAUCGAGAUGAUGUCCAUCGGCACCUUGCUGGCCUACACCCUGGUCAGCCUGUGUGUUCUCAUGCUGCGCUACCAACCGGACGAGUCGGACCUGAGCGCCGAGCCGGACGGCGGUCAGGAGGACCGGGACUCCCUGCUGAGGAGGCUCCUGGGGCGUCACUACCACAGCCUGCGGCUGCGCUUGGGGAUGCCGGAGCCCUCGGCCCGGCCGACCCCGGCAACCGGCCGCACCGUCACCCGCUGCACCCUCCUCUUCUUCCUCGCCAGCUUCCUCCUCUGGACCGUCGUCAUCUUCGGGUUGGAGGGCGGCACGGGCGCGGGCGCUGCAGUCUCGGGCGUGGUGGCGCUUCUGAUGGCUGGGUCUCUGGCCAAGGUGCUGGCCACCAUCCUGCAGCAGCCCCAGAGUGGGCGGAGCCUGGCCUACAUGGCGCCCGGCGUGCCCUUGGUUCCUGCGGCGGCCAUCUUGGUCAACAGCUACCUGAUGCUGAAGCUCUCGCCGCUCACCUGGACCAGGUUCUCCGUCUGGUGCCUCCUCGGUCUGCUGAUCUACGGCUGCUACGGCGUCUGGCACAGCUCGCUGGAGCUCAGCGCCCGAGAGGAGCAGGUCCACGCCAGCUCCUAUCAGCGCUUCGACGACCACCUGGACGACACCUUCUCCCCGGAGCUGGAGCGGGAACCCCGGUACCAGUACCAGGAAGAGGAGGAGAGACCCUACCAGGGCUGGUCGGCGCCCGAGGAACGCGGCUCUUAUCGUGAGCGGGACCUGGAGCCGGAGCCGUGCGACCCCUCCGGGGACCAGUACAGCUACCAGAGCCGGGGUUGGACCAACGCGGCCUUCGCUGAGGAGGACUGA